AUGUUCCUUCUCCUUGUGCUCCUUGCUGAACUUGGAAGGCUGCAAGCCCACCCAGAUUCUGAAGGAAUAUUCCUGCAUGUCACAGUUCCACAAAGGAUAAUGUUAAAUGGGAGUGAAGUAUCAGAGAGAAGGGUGGUUUAUGUCAUUAAAAUUGAUGGAAAACCAUAUACCCUGCAUCUCAAAAAACACUCAUUUCUAUCUCACAACUUUAUGAUUUAUACAUAUGAUGAAACUGGAUCUUUGCAUUCUGAAUCUUCAUAUUUUACGAUGCAUUGCCAUUACCAAGGACAUGUUGUAGAAUUUCCAAAUUCAUUUGUGACACUCAGUAUAUGUUCAGGCCUCAGGGGAUUUCUUCAGCUUGAAAAUAUCAGCUAUGGAAUUGAACCCCUGGAAUCAUCAGCAAAAUUUGAACACAUAAUUUAUCAAGUAAAAAAUGACAAUCUAAAUGUAUCUGUGUUAGCAGAAAAUUACACCAGUAUUUGGCAGAAAUACAAACCCUAUAAAGUUCAUUUAAACUCCCAGAAAGAAAUGUUUUCAAAACUAUUAACCCAAUAUCUAGAAGUGCAUAUUAUAGUGGAAAAGGCUUUGUAUGACUAUAUGGGAUCUGAAAUGAUGGCUGUUACCCAGAAAAUUGUCCAGGUUAUUGGGCUUGUCAACACUAUGUUUACCCAGUUCAAAUUGACUGUUAUACUAUCCUCCUUGGAAUUGUGGUCAGAUAAAAACCAAAUUUCCACCAUGGGAGAAGCUGAAGAUAUAUUACAAAGAUUUCUGGCAUGGAAACGGAACUACCUCAUCCUACAGCCCCAUGACAUAGCAUACUUACUAAUUUACAGGAACCAUCCUAAAUAUGUGGGAGCAACAUUUCCUGGCAUGAUAUGCAAUAAUAACUAUGAUGCUGGUAUUGCUAUGUAUCCAGAAGCAAUGAGUUUGGAGGGACUUUCAGUUACUAUAGCUCAACUGCUCGGCCUUAAUAUAGGAUUAACAUAUGAUGACAUCACAAAGUGUUCUUGUCCACGAGCUACAUGCAUAAUGAAUCAUAAAGCAGUGAGUUCCAGUGGUAUAAAAAUUUUUAGCAACUGUAGCAUGCGUGACUAUAGAAUGUUUGUUUCAAAACUUGAGGGUAAAUGCCUUCAGAACCUUUCAGAUUUGACAGGAUUAUAUCAAACUCAACCAGUAUGUGGAAAUGGAAUUUUGGAACAUAAUGAAGAAUGUGACUGUGGUAAUGGAGAGGAAUGUCAAUUUAAAAACUGCUGUGAUUAUAAGACAUGUAAACUGAAAGGCUCAGUAAGAUGUGGUUCUGGACCAUGUUGUACACCAAAAUGCGAGUUAUCAAUAGCAGGCAGUCCAUGUAGAAACAGUACUGAUGAAGAGUGUGACUUUACAGAGUAUUGCAACGGAACAUCUAGUGAAUGUGUUCCUGACACUUAUGCAUUGAAUGGCCAUUUGUGCAGGCUGGGAACUGCAUAUUGUUAUAAUGGACAGUGCCAAACUCCUGAUAAUCAGUGUGCCAAGGUGUUUGGAAAAGGUGCUCAAGGUGCUCCUUUUGCCUGUUUUAAAGCAGUUAAUUCUCUGCGUGACAGAUAUGGAGAAUGUGGUUUUAAAAAUUUGCAACCAUUACCUUGUGAACAGAAGGAUAUUCUCUGUGGAAAAUUAGCUUGUGUUUGGCCACAAAAAAAUACAUAUAAAAAUGAUGUUCAUUCUGCAGUUUACACAUAUAUUCAAGACUAUGUAUGUCUAUCUGUUGCCACUGGGUCAUCCAUGAGAUCAGAUGGAAGAGAUAAUGGUUAUGUUGCUGAUGGCACCAUGUGUGGUCCACAAAUGUUUUGUGUAAAUAAAACCUGUCAGAAAGCUCAUUUAAUGGGAUAUCAUUGUAAUGCCAUGACAAAAUGCAAAGGGAAAGGGAUAUGUAAUAAUUUUGGUAAUUGCCAAUGCUUUCCUGGCCAUAGACCUCCAGACUGCAAAUUCCAGAUUGGUUCACCAGGGGGCAGUAUUGAUGAUGGGAAUUUUCCGAAAUCUGAUGUAUUUUUUAUUAAAAAAGGUUACAGUGCACAUGAGAACAACUGGCUUAUUCUGAGUUUCUACAUUUCUCUACCAUUUUUUAUAAUUUUCACCAUUGUGAUCAUUAAAAGACUUGAAAGGAAUAAAUCUUGCAACAGAACAGAACAUAAGGGGUAA